AGAUAAAACAGAAUGAUCAACCUUUGUCUGAAAGCAACUGAUGGAACGGGUUCUACAAAAAAUAACCAAAGGCCAAGUCAAGAAUUUCCUGAGCUCGACGUUUUUCCAGGGAGAUAUUUAGUACAAUUCGUUUUUAGAGCUUUAUUGCGGCCCAAAGUAAAUAAAAACCUAUGAAUGAUCAUUGCAACGCCGGUUCAGCUGUUUUGGGUUUUUCGUAGAGCUACCGGGGGUUCACUUUUCGAUUCAGCGACGAUCCCGCCUUCGAAUCUUAAAUAUUUAAUCAAGAGCCAUCCCCGCUAUAGCUUCAGUCCUAGCUCAACUCUCAGCAUUAAAACAAUACAGCCGGAUUAUAUUAUCAUCAAAAUGAAAUACUUCAAGUGCUGUUGGCUUCUCAUCGUUGUACUACUCUUCAUCUCUUCACAAAACGCCUUGGCGGCUCCAAAACGAAAAAGAAAAGGAUUUUCUUUUCCAAAAUUACCACAUGUCAACAUAAAUAUUCACCAUAAUAAUAUUCACAUUGGCUAACAACGCCUUUAUUAGUAUACAUUUUAGUGUAGUUGCUGUUAAAUAACUUAGUAUGAGUUAAGUACAUAGCUGUAGUCAUGUGUUCCGCUAAAUAUUAAUUCAGCCAUAAUAAGGUUGCUUAAAAAAUAAAAAUGCUCAAGACAUAUUUAAAAUAUCAAAA